AUGGCUUCCGAAACUACGUCCAAGCUCCCCACCCAAGAGAAAAAACAAGAUGAAGGUGAUCCAUGGGAGGCAACCCUUCCGUUUACUGGUAUUGUUGGUCGAGAAGAGGAAUCGGUGGAUCUCUUCUCGUGCGUCACCAAUUUCUUUGAGAAACGAGAUACGCUCUUUGAUCGCAAACAAUGGCCACCUACAAAAGCAGGUUUGAAAAAAUUACUCUACCAUUUGCAGCAAAUUGGCCUCAGGCAUGGGAGUGAGUUCAAUGUUGAUAUCUCCAAAGGAAUAUUGGUCUGUAAUCGAUUUCGCAAGUACAGGGAUAAGAAGUACAGGGAUAGGAAGAAACACAAAAACAAUCAGGACAAUGACGACCGAUAUGAUGAUCAAGGUGGACAGACAGGAGCCCGAGCCAUUCACACUUCAAAAGACCUUACAGGAGACAAGUUAUGCAAAUGCCGAUUCAAAUUGAAAAUUCACAAGCAGGACCAGCCUGACGGUUUCAUCUAUGUCUCCUGCAGGGGAAAUAAGUGUCACUCCUACCAUCCGAAACCUGAAAUUGUUCACCACCAACCGUUUGCGUUCAACCUACUCAACAAGCUACAAAUGGAUCCACCACCCCUCGAUCUAGCCUCCAAAUCGAUAGCCGACAUUCAACAGCAAGCAGCGAAUAUCCAGCAGCUUUGCACCAAUCAAAAGUCCAUCAAUGUUGCUGCAGCGGUAAUGACCGAGCUUGAAGAGUACCUCAAUCACCAAAACAAAACCUCCGCUGCCCUGACAAGAGGUCAGAAGCGUACACGCAUCGUUGCCACUGCAGACAUGAUACCAUUGGAGCUACCAACAACAGACGCCAGCAGCAAGAAGAAGAGUAGUUCUCAGAAUGCAAGAAGUCCACCCAAGAAGGCAAGGAAAGAGGAAACGAGCAAUAUUAAUACAGCGUCAAAUAGCCUACCGGUAGGCAAUCUGUGGUACUCUAAUCUAUUUUAA